AUGCCAGCGCCACUCGCCAAAUCCACAUCUCGAGGCAACGCCUCGAUUCAAAGCUACCCCGCCGGCAACGUGCAACACAUUUCGUCUCCCGCGCUAGCUUCCACAUCGCAGCUUCAAUCGGUCCCUUCAUGGCCCAAAAUGGCUACCGCCUCCCAAGACGAACAUGCUUCCACCAAAGCUGGCUUGAAAGCAUGGUGGGCUUCAUUCACCAAAAGCCGUUACAGCAAGGACAAAAAGCAGAUCGAGAAUCGUGUCUUUGGUGUACCUCUCCGUCAGUCUCUCAAGUAUGCCAGUGUUGCCAUCUCGAUCGCUGGUGAGGAUGGCCAGCAGUACGUGUGGGGCUAUGUACCCGUCGUCGUCGCUAAAGUAGGUCUGUAUCUCAAGGAGAAUGCAACCGAAGUCGAGGGUGUCUUUCGUAUCGCUGGCUCGCAGAAGAGGAUGAAGGAGCUCCAAGAGACUUUUGACACUCCGCCUCGCUACGGAAAGUCGGUCGACUGGUCCAAGUAUAGCGUUCACGACGCCGCUAGCGUCUUGCGCAGAUACUUUAACCACAUGCCAGAGCCCGUCGUGCCGCACGACCUGUACACUGAGUUCAGAAACAUCCGCGCCAAGGAGCAAUUCGAUCAAGCAGGGGCUAUCAAGACGUAUCGCCUCCUCAUCUCGAGCAUGCCAUCGGCUAGUCAGUAUCUGCUUCUUUACGUGCUCGACCUUCUCGCCGUGUUUGCCCGCAAGUCGGACAAGAACCUGAUGCCCUCGAGCAAUCUAGCCGUCAUCUUCCAGCCGGGCAUGUUUUCGCAUCCUUCUCACGAGCUCUCGCCGGGCGAGCACAAGUUGGCCGUCCAAGUACUCGAAUUUCUCAUCGAUCACCAGGAUCAUUUCGUGCUUGGUAUGUCGCCUCAGCCUGCCUCGCAGCUACCGCAGGACGAGCUGACGGCUGUGUCCAAGCCGAUUACCGACGAAGAUAUCUUGGUGGCCUCGGAAAGCGACGAAGAGCAAGGUGAGCUCGAAGUGCACCAAGGCGGAGGUGCGCGUCUCAUGCGUAGCAAGACGACCAAGCCAAAAACCAAACGCUAUGGCUUUGGCCGAUCUCGCCGCGCCAAUGAGGAUGACAAUGGUAGCGAGAUCGACGAGCUUUCGUCGCAGCCUUUACGAGCAUCUGAUAAAAGUCCUGCCAGUGAAGAAAUGUUGACCAAUCUCAAGCCAGCAACGGGACUGCGCCGUAGUCGUACCACGCCGUCACGCAAGCCUGCCGAAGGUGUCUCGCCAGCGCGCAAGGGUCGACGUCCGCGCGCCUCUGCAGGCGAUAAACGCGCUGCCGAGGAGGAGCACCGGAGGAUCGUGGCAGCGCUCAUCCCGCCACCUCCAGAGCCCAAGUCGCAGACGAUGCAGAAGGCGAGCUCAUCCACCAACCACGUGCAGUCCAAGACCUCGAGAACGUCGACCGAUUCUGGAUUGGCUCCACCUGCUGCCGCAUCGAUGCGCAAGGCGCUCUCGGCCACAGAGGCAACCACUAUUCCCGCGUCUGCCACCAGCGUCACCCCGUCCGCAUCCUUGGAUCACGACAACACAGGUCUUCCCACACCGCCACCGUCCAAGAUCCUGGGCGCAGAGGCGAGCGCACCGGCAUCGGUAACCACAACAGCCGAGGCUCCAUAA